GACAACACCAACACCACCACCACCACCGUUCAACGCCUCGCGGGCCUUUGUGAUAAGGCGAGAGAUAUAGAGCCCGGAAGGAGCGUAAGCGACGGCGUCCGACGCACGGCGCAGAGAGGGAAGGAGCCGGCGAUGGCAGCGAUCCCAACGAUUUCGUCUACCUUCCUUCCGUGUCGAUCUCUUUUCGGUGGCGUCAGCAGGAAUUCCAGCCCCCUUCCUCGCUUCAGGAACCCUAAAUCCUUUCGUAUCCGAGCUGCCAAGCUUCCCGCUGGGGUGGAAGCGCCCAAGGUGGAACCGAAGCUCACGGCGCCAUUCCUUGGCUUCACAAGAACUGCAGAGGUGUGGAACUCAAGAGCAUGCAUGAUUGGCAUCGUUGGAACCUUCAUCGUAGAGCUGAUACUUAACAAGGGGAUACUGCAGAUACUUGGGGUAGAAGUGGGCAAAGGACUCGACCUCCCUCUCUAACCUGAGCAAAUGAACCGCAGCAACCACAGAUGAACUGUAAUCAUGCAGAUAAGCUGUACCCUUUGUCUCCAUCCAUUGCUGUGUUCCUAAAUGCUGCUACUCUGUUAUCUUUAGCUUUAUAUCAUGUUGAUCAAAGAGGUUGAAACAUAAUUCAUCAGCAUCUUCAUAUCAAGCAUCAAUGAAAUCAAAGACCAAUCAA